AAGCAUCUGAAGCGCGAAUGAGUACGUCUGACCUUAGACGAGCGGCUAUUGAUGGCGUGCUCGUUUGGUCUCGCCAAACGUUCAGCUGGUGGCUUCUGGACACAGGAUAGAGGUGUGGUACAAUAAUCAUAAAAUUCAAAAUCAUUGUACUGUGCAAAGCAUACAGGCACAAUGGGAGAGACGCCAGCAGACAAGCGACUGGAAUUCAUUGAGAACUAUGUGCUUAAAAGCAUGAAACUUAAGCCUGACCGCUGGCAGAAGCUGAUGGGAUCAGAGGAGCAGCGACAGCUCAUUCAGAGCUUUCUAGACAAGAGUGACCAGCUAGCACUUGUAGUGACACUAAAUGCUGCAGCACUGCUAGUUGCCUCAACUGAGUUUCCUGCCAGCACUAAAAACAAGGCUGUCUACUUUGUGAAGCGGCAACGUGAAGCUCUGGUCCCAGAUACCAUCAGGACAAAUUUAUUAUAUGGUGAUUUGCCUCCCUCGCCCCUGGAGCAAUUCCCAAUCCUAGUGGAAGAGGUAUUAACACCUAUCUUGGCAAACAAAAAGAAUCACCGAGAUUGGCCUGACGUUGUGUCACAAGAUAUAAGGCGUCAUCUGCAUGGUCUGAAAAGCAGUGUUUUUGUUGUGGUUGGUCAAGUUCGAGGGAAAACCCUCCUCCCUCUGCCAGCUGGAGCAGAAAAAGUAGAAUAUGCUGCCAGUGAGGCAGAAAAAAGCUCAGACUUUGUGGACAAAAGCAUAGUGCAUGCUAUUGAGUCAACAGUGAUAGACUGGAGUCACCAAAUCAGGCAGGUCCUGAAGAGAGAUUCCUCAGAACCACUUUUGGAAGGGAAGAAUCCGACACCUAAUACUGAGCUGGAUUUCUGGAAAAACAGGUGUGCAGAUCUGGAAUGUAUUUAUGACCAACUUCGCUCAAAAAAAGUCCUUAAAAUGUCAGAACUCCUGGAACGAAUGGAAAGUAGUUAUUACCCAGCAUUCAAAGCUAUGUUUCAAGAUGUGGUAGCAGCUUUAACAGAAGCCAGAGAAAUCAGUAUGCAUUUGAAACCUCUAAAGCAGCUUUUUGAUGAUAUUGAGAAUGUGGAAUUCAAUGAAGCCAAGCCCAUGAUUGCACCACUGAUGCAUGUCGUCUGUUUGCUGUGGGUAAAUUGUCAGUAUUACAACAGUCCAGCCAGGAUUAUUGUGCUCCUUCAAGAGAUUUGUAAUCUUCUGAUUCAACAGGCUAGAGCCUAUCUGGGACCAGAAGACAUUUUAAAAGGGGAACUUGAGGAGAGCUUGAACAAAGUGCGAGAGACGCUGGAUAUCCUGCGUUAUUUUAGACAAACCUACGAAGACAAGAAGACAAACUUGGGAAACUACUACAACAACAAGGAAAACAUCCGGGAGUGGGACUUUACCUCUUUCAUGGUUUUUGCUCGUGCUGACAUUUUUAUAAAGAGGGUUGAAGUAGUAGAGGAACUUUUAUUAACUUGUGUGGAUCUUCUUAAGUUGGAAAAAAUCGAGUUUGGAGGCAUCUAUGGAAGGAAUCUCAGUCAACUGGUUUUGGCCAUGUACGAGGAGUUUCAGGAAACCUUUAAAGUAUUUACAGAACGAACCUACGACUGUCUGGAUCCUGGUAACAAGGAAUUUGAGGCAGAUGUUUCAGACUUUAAGCAAAAAGUAGAAGAUAUGGAUCGUCGUCUUGGUACAAUUUUUUGCCAGGCUUUUGAAGAUGCCUCUGGUCUGGAGCAUGCGUUUAAGGUGAUGGACAUGUUUGGCAGUCUUUUGGAAAGGCCGAUUAUAGCUGCUGAUGCAUACAACAAAUAUCCUCUGCUUAUUACCAUGUUUGACAAAGAGCUUGAUGACUGUAAAAUCCUCUAUAACCGGCACCUGCAAAGGGAAAAAGAAUUGGGUUAUACACCUGUGGAUAAAAACAUGCCAGCAGUAGCUGGAGGGCUGUGUUGGGCACGAGAAUUGCAGGAACGUAUUCAUGUCCCAUUUGGCAACUUCAGACACAUUACACACCCAUGCAUGGAAUCUCCAGAAGGAAAGAGAAUGGUCCAGAAAUAUGAAGAAAUGAUGCAGCUUCUGGAUAAAUAUUCAGAGAGGCUUUACUCCAUUUGGACCGAAACCGUGGCAGAAAAAUCUCAGUAUAACCUUACACAGCCACUGAUUACCAGAGAUUCUGAGACACAGUUGAUUACAGUCAAUUUUAGUCCUCAGUUGGUUUCUGUAUUAAGAGAGGUGAAAUAUUUGGAAGCAACACAGGCAGACAAAAUCCCAAACACUGCAGCAGACAUCUUUGCCGCCAAGGAGUCAUACAGGCAGUUUGUGGCUAAUUUAGAGCUCACAGCAAACUGGUACAACAAGAUUCUGAGGACAGUCCUGGAGGUGGAGUACCCUCUGAUUGCUGGGCAACUGCAGGAGGUUGACUCACAACUGAAGCAGGCAGAACAUUCCUUAAACUGGAGAAAGGAAGGUAUCUGGGAAUAUAUCCAGGCUGUUCGGGAUUUGGUGCAUGAUCUUGAAAAACGCUUACAAAAAACUAAAGACAACAUUGAAGUAAUACUGAAUAUCAUGAAAACCUGGGUGUCUCCAAUUUUCGAGCGCAAAGAAGGAAAGAAAGACACCCUGCUUAACCUGGAUGACCGGGGAGAAAGGCUUGAAAAACGUUACCAUGCUAUCAAAGAAUCUGGUGCCAGAAUCCAUACUUUGAUAAAGGAAAAUUUGGACCUUUUUAGAGCUGAUCCUGAAACAGAAAUGUGGAAAACAUAUGUGGAUUACAUUGACGAAAUGAUCAUUGAUGGCUUUUUUAACAGUAUUGAAUGUUCUCUCAAGUUUUUGUUGGAUAACACUGAUUCAGACUGUAAAUUGGCCCCGUUAUUUGAAGCUCAUUUAGACCUUCGUAUUCCAGACAUGAUUUUUAGGCCUUCGCUAGAAGAAGGUGCUAGCGAUGGGUUUAUUGGAAUUAUUGAAGGAAUUGUUGAAGAUAUAUACAGAAUUUCAACCCUGGUACCUAGGAUUGCACAACAUAAUGAAUUUCCUCAUUAUAAGGCUGAUAUGGAAGAUAUGGCUGACCUUGCUGACAUGCGCAACAUUCUCAUGAAUAAUGUCCACAAUGUCAUGUGCCAGUGCCGCGAGUAUAGAAACACAUUUGACCAAUAUUCAUAUCUCUACGUGGAUGACAGGAAGGAAUUCAUGCGCCAGUUUUUGCUUUAUGGCCAUGUUCUCACCAGUGAAGAAAUCGAGGCCCAUGCAGAGGAUGGCGUUCCUGAGACACCCCCGAAGCUGGAGCAAUUCCAGGAGCAGAUUGAUUCAUACGAGAAAAUCUAUGAUGAAGUCAACCACCUGGAGCCCAUCAGUGUAUUUGGGGGUUGGAUGCGAAUUGAUUCUCGGCCCUUUAAAGUUGCACUCCUCAAUGUUAUAAAGAAAUGGAGUUUGAUGUUCAAGCAGCACCUAAUUGACCAUGUCACCAACAGUUUAUCUGACCUUCAGGAGUUCAUCAAAGUGGCUGACAGUGGUCUAGUGAAGAAGGUAGCUGAGGGUGAUUACGCAGGUUUGGUGAAUGUCAUGGGCCAUCUAAUGGCUGUCAAGGAGAGACAGAGCAACACAGAUGGUAUGUUUGAGCCACUGAAACACACCAUUGAGCUGCUGAAGACGUAUGAACAAGAGUUACCAGAUGAGGUGUAUAAGCAGUUAGAGGAACUUCCAGAGAAGUGGAACAACUUGAAAAAACAGGCCAUCUCAGUUAAGCAGCAUGUUGCUCCGCUUCAGGCCAAUGAGGUUGCUAGCCUCCGCCGGAAAUGUGAUUCAUUUAAUGUGGAGCAGCAUAAAUUCAGGGAGCAGUUUCGUAUUGAAGCACCAUUUAAGUUUUCCUGUGAAAAUCCAUAUGAGCUACUGCAAAUGGUUUAUAAGCAGAUUGCUGAAAAGGAGGCCACAAUGUUAAAUAUAAUUGAGUCUGCUGCUUUGUUUGAAGUGAAUGUUCCGGAUUACAAACAGCUAAAACAGUGCCGGAAGGAGGUGUCUCUCCUGAAAGACCUCUGGGACAUGAUAAAUAUGGUCAAGUCCAGCAUAAAUGACUGGAAAACAACCCGGUGGAGGGAUAUCAAUGUGGAGAACAUGGACCAAGACUGCAAGAGAUUUUCAAAAGACAUUCGUGGUCUUGAUAAAGAAAUGAGGGCAUGGGAUGCUUUCACAGGACUGGAUGACACAGUUAAGAAUAUACUGACAUCCCUCCGUGCUGUGGCUGAACUGCAGAACCCUGCGAUUAGAGAAAGACACUGGUUCCAGCUUAUGGAAGCCACGGGUGUCCGCUUUACAAUGAAUGAGGAUACUACCUUAGCUGAUCUGUUGAAACUGAAUCUGCACAACUUUGAGGAGGAUGUUCGUGGCAUUGUUGACAAAGCUGUAAAAGAAAUGGGAAUGGAGAAGAUACUGAAGGAGCUCAACUCAACCUGGAACAACAUGGAGUUUGAGUAUGAGCCUCAUCCCAGAACCCAGAUUUCCUUGCUCAAGUCCAACGAGGAACUCAUUGAAACCUUGGAAGAUAAUCAGGUCCAGCUUCAGAAUCUAAUGACUUCCAAGUACAUUGCCUUUUUCUUAGAAGAGGUUUCCUCAUGGCAAAAGAAGCUGUCCACUGCUGACUCUGUUAUUUCUAUAUGGUUUGAGGUUCAGCGCACCUGGUCACACUUGGAAAGCAUCUUCAUUGGCUCUGAAGAUAUCCGAUCUCAAUUACCAGAGGAUUCCAAAAGGUUUGAAGGCAUUGAUAUUGACUUUAAAGGACUCUCAAAUGAAGUUAGCAAAACUCCAAAUGUAGUCAAAGCCACCAAUAAGCCAGGCCUUUAUGAGAAAUUAGAGGAUAUCCAAGGCAGACUGGCUCUGUGUGAGAAGGCAUUGACUGAAUAUCUUGACACAAAGAGGAUUGCCUUUCCCCGCUUUUACUUCAUCUCAUCUGCUGAUCUUCUGGAUAUUCUGUCUAAUGGCACUGACCCCUCUCAGGUUCAGCACCAUCUCUCCAAGCUGUUUGACAAUAUGGCAAAGAUGAAGUUUCAAGAUGGACCUGACGGCAAGCCCACCAAAAUUGGCUUAGGAAUGUACAGCAAAGAAAAGGAAUAUGUUACCUUUAAUGAGCAGUGUGAUUGCAGUGGACAGGUUGAGGUUUGGCUGAUGAAGGUUUUGGAGGCAAUGAAGGCAACAGUCCGUCAUGAGAUGACUGAGGCGGUGAUAGCUUACGAAGAGAAGCCCAGGGAUCAGUGGCUUUUUGAUUACCCAGCUCAGGUUGCCUUGACUUGUACCCAGAUCUGGUGGACUACAGAGGUUGGCAUUGCCUUUGCCAGACUGGAAGAAGGCUAUGAAAAUGCAAUGAAGGAAUAUUACAAGAAGCAAGUAAACCAGCUCAACACACUCAUCACAAUGCUUAUUGGGAAGCUCACACCUGGUGACCGCCAGAAAAUUAUGACCAUUUGCACAAUUGAUGUGCACGCAAGAGACGUGGUAGCCAAAAUGAUCGCUCAGAAGGUGGAGAAUUCCCAGGCUUUUGUUUGGCUUUCCCAACUGCGACACCGCUGGGAUGAUGAAAAGAAGCAUUGCUUUGCAAACAUUUGUGAUGCACAAUUUCUGUAUUCAUAUGAGUACCUGGGGAACACUCCUCGCUUGGUAAUCACGCCCUUGACAGACAGGUGCUACAUUACAUUGACCCAGUCUCUCCAUUUGACCAUGAGUGGUGCUCCAGCGGGGCCAGCUGGAACUGGAAAAACAGAAACUACGAAAGAUCUCGGUCGAGCCCUUGGAAUUAUGGUGUAUGUCUUCAACUGCUCUGAACAGAUGGAUUAUAAGUCCUGUGGUAACAUAUACAAAGGUCUGGCACAAACCGGAGCCUGGGGUUGCUUUGAUGAAUUUAACAGGAUUUCUGUUGAAGUGCUGUCUGUGGUUGCUGUACAGGUGAAGAGUAUCCAGGAUGCUAUUAGGGAUAAGAAGAAGAGGUUCAACUUUAUGGGGGAAGAUAUUAAUCUUUUUAGAUCUGUUGGCAUCUUUAUCACAAUGAACCCUGGGUAUGCUGGACGAACUGAGCUGCCAGAAAAUCUAAAAGCUCUCUUCAGGCCUUGUGCCAUGGUAGUGCCAGACUUUGAACUCAUCUGUGAAAUCAUGCUGGUGGCUGAAGGAUUUAUUGAGGCCCGACUUUUGGCCAGAAAAUUCAUUACCCUCUACCAGUUGUGUAAAGAGCUGCUUUCUAAACAGGAUCAUUAUGAUUGGGGAUUGCGAGCCAUUAAAUCUGUGCUGGUUGUAGCUGGCUCUCUGAAGAGAGGAGACCCAGGAAGGCCUGAAGACCAAGUGCUGAUGAGAGCUCUCAGGGACUUCAAUAUUCCCAAAAUUGUGACAGAUGACAUGCCAGUCUUCAUGGGACUGAUUGGAGAUCUCUUCCCAGCUGUGGAGGUGCCCAGGAAGAGAGAUUUAGAUUUUGAAAAAGUUGUGAAGAAUUCUAUUCUUGAGCUCAAACUGCAGGCUGAAGAUAACUUUGUACUUAAAGUAGUCCAGCUGGAGGAGCUGCUUGCUGUGCGUCACUCUGUCUUUGUUGUUGGAAAUGCUGGCACUGGCAAGUCCCAAGUUAAUAAAUCACUGAACAAAACCUAUCAAAACAUGAAGCGGAGGCCAGUCUGGGCUGACCUGAACCCCAAAGCUGUUACAAAUGAUGAGCUCUUCGGCAUCAUAAACCCAUCUACUCGAGAGUGGAAGGAUGGUCUGUUCUCCAAUAUCAUGCGUGAGUUGGCCAAUAUCAGCCAUGAUGGCCCCAAGUGGAUCGUACUGGAUGGCGAUAUUGAUCCCAUGUGGAUUGAAUCUCUUAAUACUGUCAUGGAUGACAACAAGGUUCUAACACUGGCCAGCAAUGAGAGAAUACCCCUGAACCCCACCAUGAGGCUGGUCUUCGAGAUCAGCCAUUUACGAACAGCCACACCAGCCACUGUCUCUAGAGCAGGUAUUUUGUAUAUAAAUCCAGCUGAUUUGGGCUGGAAUCCACCUGUCACCAGCUGGAUAGACAAGAGAGAGGUUCAGUCCGAGAAGGCCAACCUAACCAUUUUAUUUGAUAAAUAUCUUCCCAUCUGCCUUGACACCCUAAGGACCCGAUUCAAGAAGAUCAUCCCAAUUCCUGAACAAAGCAUGGUACAGAUGCUAUGUCACCUUCUUGAAUGUCUUUUAACAAAAGAGAACACCCCUCCUGACUGUCCCAAGGAGCUUUAUGAGCUUUAUUUUGUUUUUGCUGCAAUAUGGGCUUUUGGUGGUGCCAUGUUCCAGGAUCAGCUGGUAGACUACAGAGUGGAAUUUAGCAAGUGGUGGACAACAGACUUCAAAACUAUCAAGUUCCCCUCUCAAGGAACAGUUUUCGAUUACUACAUUGAUCCUGAAACGAAAAAGUUCGAGCCUUGGUCCAAAAUGAUCCCCACUUUUGAGUUUGACCCAGACAUGCCUUUGCAGGCAUGCCUCGUCCAUACUAAUGAAACUAUCCGUGUUAAGUACUUUAUGGAUAGACUGUUGGAAAAGCGAAGGCCCAUUAUGCUUGUAGGUAAUGCUGGAACUGGAAAGUCUGUGCUAGUGGGUGACAAGCUGGGAUCCCUUGAUCAAGAUGAAUAUAUGGUCAAAAAUGUUCCUUUCAACUACUAUACCACUUCUGCAAUGUUGCAAGCUGUUCUUGAAAAGCCUUUAGAAAAGAAAGCUGGCAGGAACUAUGGACCACCAGGAACUAAAAAGCUCAUCUAUUUCAUUGAUGACAUGAACAUGCCAGAAGUUGACGCAUAUGGGACUGUCCAGCCACACACACUCAUCAGGCAGCAUAUGGACUACAAUCACUGGUAUGACAGAGCCAAGCUGUCGCUGAAGGAGAUUCACAAUGUGCAGUAUGUCUCAUGCAUGAAUCCUACAUCUGGCAGCUUUACCAUCAAUCCAAGACUUCAGCGCCACUUCUGUGUAUUUGCCCUUUCAUUUCCUGGUGUGGAUGCCCUGGCCACUAUCUACAACACCAUCCUCACCCAGCACCUGAAAACUGGCAAUUUCCCCGUGGCUUUGCAGAAGACUUGCUCUCAGCUCAUUAAUUUGGCGCUCGCUUUUCACCAGAAGGUGGCCUCUAUAUUUUUGCCCACUGCAAUCAAAUUUCAUUACAUCUUUAACCUGAGGGACUUGUCAAACAUCUUCCAGGGUAUUCUAUUCUCAACACCAGACUGUUUAAAGGUUCCACAGGACUUGCUGAAAAUGUACUUACAUGAGGCAAAUCGAGUAUACAGAGACAAGAUGGUUGAAGAAAAAGACUUUGAAACCUUUGAUAAGUUGCUGCUUGACAUGGUGAAAAAGUAUUAUGAGGAGGUAGAUGCCACUCUUGAAGAAGCUAAGAAGAUGAAUAUGUAUUGUCAUUUUGCCACUGGUAUUGGGGAGCCCAAGUAUAUGCCAGUGACGUCGUGGGAGUCCUUAAACAAGACUCUCAUAGAAGCAUUGGAUAAUUACAAUGAAGUCAAUGCCGCCAUGAGCCUUGUUUUGUUUGAAGACGCCAUGUGUCACAUAUGCCGUAUCAAUCGAAUUCUAGAAUCUCCCAGAGGAAACGCCCUCCUGGUGGGAGUAGGAGGCAGUGGCAAGCAGAGCCUGACGAGACUGGCGGCCUUUAUUAGCUCCUUGGAGGUCUUUCAGAUAACUUUAAAGAAAGGCUAUGGCAUUCCGGAUCUGAAGAGUGACUUAGCAGCCCAAUAUAUAAAAGCUGGUGUGAAGAACAUUGGCACGGUCUUCCUUAUGACAGAUGCUCAAGUGGCAGACGAGAAGUUCUUGGUCCUUGUUAAUGACCUGCUUGCAUCAGGAGAAAUUCCUGACUUGUUUCCAGAUGAUGAGGUUGAAAACAUUAUUGGCAGCGUGAGGAAUGAAGUGAAGAGUAUGGGACUGAUGGACACACGAGAAAAUUGCUGGAAGUUCUUUAUAGAUCGAGUGCGAAGACAGCUAAAGGUGGCCCUGUGCUUCUCACCGGUUGGAAACAAGCUGAGAAUUCGUAGCAGGAAGUUCCCAGCUGUUGUUAACUGCACAGCGAUAGACUGGUUCCACGAAUGGCCCAAGGAUGCACUGGAGUCUGUCAGUCUGCGUUUCCUGCAAGAAACAGAGAACAUUGAGCCCUCAAUAAAAGAAUCUGUCAGCAAGUUCAUGGCUUAUGUUCAUACCACUGUAAACGAAAAGUCAAAAGCAUAUCUCAGCAGUGAUCGACGGUAUAACUACACCACCCCAAAGUCCUUCUUAGAACAAAUCAAACUCUACCAGAGCCUCCUUUCAAAGAAGAGCAAAGAGCUCACUGCCAAGAUGGAGCGUUUGGAGAAUGGGUUGCAGAAGCUCAAAAGUACCUCUGCUCAGGUUGAUGACUUGAAAUCCAAACUGGCUGCUCAAGAGGUAGAGCUGAAGCAGAAGAAUGAAGAUGCUGAUAAACUGAUCCAGGUAGUAGGAGUGGAAACAGAAAAAGUAUCCAAGGAGAAGGCUAUCGCCGAUGAAGAAGAACAAAAGGUGGCUGUCUUUGCCAUGGAUGUCAGCAAAAAGCAACGGGAUUGUGAAGAAGAUUUGGCAAAGGCAGAGCCAGCUCUCUUUGCAGCACAGGAUGCUUUAAAUACAUUGAACAAGAAUAACUUGACAGAGCUGAAGUCCUUCGGAUCCCCAGUACUUGCAGUCACAAAUGUCACUGCUGCAGUAAUGGUCCUUACAGCGCCUGGAGGGAAAGUACCCAAAGACCGCAGCUGGAAGUCAGCCAAGAUCAUGAUGGCCAAAGUAGAUGGUUUUCUGGAGUCACUCAUCAGCUUCAACAAGGAGAAUAUCCAUGAGAACUGCCUGAAAGCCAUUCAACCAUAUCUUCAGGACCCUGAGUUCAGGCCUGAAUUUGUGGCUUCCAAGUCUUUAGCAGCUGCUGGUCUGUGCUCUUGGGUUAUAAACAUUGUGGCGUUCUACAAAGUUUUUUGUGAUGUGGAGCCCAAACGCCAGGCAGCAAAGAAAGCCAAAGCAGACUUAGACGCUGCUCAAGAGAAACUGUCAGCUCUCAAAGCCAAAGUAGCUCUCCUGAAUGAAAAUCUGGCAAACCUUAAUGCAAAGUUUGAGAUGGCCACAACAGACAAGCUAAAAUGCCAACAAGAGGCAGAAGCAACUGAGCGGACUAUCUCUCUUGCCAACCGAUUGGUCGGUGGCCUUGCCUCAGAAAAUGUACGGUGGGCAGAAGCCGUUGGAAACUUCAAAGAACAGCUAACCACUGUGUGUGGAGAUGUUUUGCUGAUUACAGCAUUUGUGUCCUACUUGGGAUAUUUCACCAAAAAGUACAGAAUUGAGUUGAUGGAUGGAGCAUGGAGGCCAUACCUCAGUGCACUAAAGGUUCCAAUCCCAGUAACUCCUGAGUUAGACCCGUUAUCCAUGCUAACAGAUGAUGCUGACAUUGCAGGCUGGCAAAAUGAGGGACUUCCAGCAGAUCGGAUGUCAACUGAAAAUGCAACCAUCCUCACUAACUGCGAGCGCUGGCCUUUGAUGGUUGACCCUCAGUUGCAGGGCAUUAAAUGGAUCAAAACGAAAUAUGGCGAGGACCUCCGAGUAAUUCGAAUUGGUCAAAGAGGCUAUUUAGACUCCCUGGAACGAGCUCUUUCAGCAGGAGAGGUGGUACUGAUUGAGAACCUGGAAGAGUCCGUGGAUCCUGUUUUGGCACCACUCCUGGGGAGAGAAACAAUCAAGAAGGGCAGAUACAUUAAGAUUGGAGACAAAGAGUGCGAGUACAAUGUCAACUUCCGCUUAAUUCUGCAUACAAAACUGGCCAAUCCUCAUUACCAGCCUGAGAUGCAGGCCCAGUGCACCCUUAUCAACUUCACUGUCACAAGGGAUGGACUGGAAGACCAGCUGCUGGCAGCCGUUGUCAGCAUGGAGCGACCCGACUUGGAGGAGCUCAAGUCUAAGCUCACCAAGCAGCAAAACGACUUCAAAAUCACUUUGAAAAAUCUGGAAGAUGAUCUACUUUCACGUUUGUCUUCUGCUUCUGGGAACUUUCUUGGAGACACAGCCCUGGUAGAAAACUUGGAGUUCACCAAAAGUACAGCUGCAGAAAUUGAAGAGCAGGUGAAAGAGGCCAAAGUGACAGAAGUGAAGAUCAACGAGGCGAGAGAGCACUACAGGCCGGCUGCUGCCCGUGCAUCUGUGUUGUACUUCAUAAUGAAUGACCUCAAUAAAAUCCAUCCCAUGUACCAGUUUUCUUUGAAGGCCUUCAGUGUGGUCUUCCAGAAGGCUGUCUUGAAAGCCCCCCAGGACGAGGUCUUGAAGCAGCGUAUCGUCAAUUUGAUCGACAGUAUUACCUUUUCUGCCUUCCAGUACACCACAAGGGGACUGUUUGAAUGUGAUAAACUGACAUAUAUGGCUCAGCUUGCCUUCCAGGUUAUGCUUAUGAAGAAGGAAAUUAAACUUUCCGAAUUAGAUUUUCUUCUCCGAUAUCCAGCACAGCCUGGCCUGACAACUCCAGUGGAUUUCCUCUCUAACCAGUCCUGGGGUGGAAUUAAAGCUCUGUCUGCCAUGGAAGAGUUCAAUAAUCUGGACAGAGAUAUUGAAGGCUCUGCCAAACGUUGGAAGAAAUUUGUUGAGUCAGAGUGUCCAGAGAAGGAAAAGUUUCCACAGGAGUGGAAGAAUAAAACUGCCCUACAGCGCCUGUGCAUGAUGAGGGCGAUCCGUCCUGAUCGAAUGACUUAUGCUGUCAGAGAUUUUGUGGAAGAAAAACUAGGCAGCAAGUACGUUGUGGGAAGAUCGUUGGACUUUGCAGCCUCAUUUGAGGAAUCUGGGGCAGCUACUCCCAUGUUUUUCAUCCUCUCUCCUGGUGUUGACCCACUUAAAGAUGUGGAAAAGCACGGAAGAAAACUGGGAUAUACUUUUGACAACAGAAACUUUCACAAUGUGUCAUUAGGGCAAGGACAGGAAAUAGUAGCAGAACAAGCCUUGGACUUGGCUGCCAAAGAAGGCCACUGGGUCAUCUUGCAGAAUAUCCAUUUGGUGUCCAAAUGGCUGAGUACGCUUGAGAAGAAACUGGAGCAGCACAGUGAAGGCAGCAACCCCAACUUUCGAGUCUUUAUUAGUGCAGAGCCAGCAGCCUCAGCCGACGGUCAUAUCAUCCCUCAGGGCAUCCUGGAGAACUCCAUCAAAAUCACUAAUGAGCCUCCUACGGGUAUGCAUGCUAACCUGCACAAGGCCCUGGAUAAUUUCAAUCAGGAGACCCUAGAGAUGUGUUCCCGUGAGAAUGAGUUUAAGAGUAUCCUCUUUGCUCUAUGUUAUUUCCACGCCGUGGUGGCAGAAAGACGAAAGUUUGGCCCACAAGGUUGGAACCGCUCUUACCCCUUCAAUACGGGUGACCUCACUAUAUCCGUAAAUGUCCUAUAUAACUAUCUGGAAGCAAACGCCAAGGUCCCAUAUGAUGAUCUGCGGUAUCUCUUUGGCGAUAUCAUGUACGGAGGCCACAUUACAGAUGACUGGGAUCGACGGCUCUGCAGAACGUAUCUGGAGGAGUUCAUUAAACCAGAGAUGUUAGAGGGAGAGUUGUUACUGGCACCAGGCUUCCCUCUUCCUGGCAAUAUGGACUACAAUGGCUAUCAUCAGUACAUUGAUGACACCCUUCCUCCUGAGUCUCCCUACCUCUAUGGUCUGCACCCCAAUGCAGAAAUCGGAUUUCUCACACAAACUUCAGAGAAGUUAUUCAGGACAGUUCUGGAGAUGCAGCCUCGGGAUAGUAGUGGAGGAGAGGGAGCAGGAUCAACAAGGGAAGAAAAGGUGAAGGCAAUUUUGGAUGAAAUCAUGGAGAAGCUACCAGACGAGUUCAACUUGCCAGAGUUAAUGGCUAAAGUGGAGGAAAGGACUCCUUACAUUGUGGUAGCCUUCCAGGAAUGUGAACGAAUGAAUAUCCUCACCAGGGAGAUCAAGAGGUCUCUGAAAGAACUUAACCUAGGACUGAAGGGUGAACUCACAAUGACAAGUGACAUGGAAAAUUUACAAAAUGCUAUUUUCCUGGACCAAGUCCCUGAAUCCUGGACAAAGCGCGCCUAUCCAUCAAUGUCUGGGCUGGCAGGCUGGUUUGUCGACCUCCUCUUCAGGAUCAAGGAGUUGGAGACUUGGACUGGAGACUUUGCACUCCCAGCUUCUGUGUGGUUAGCAGGGUUCUUCAACCCUCAGUCCUUCCUCACUGCCAUCAUGCAGUCCAUGGCAAGAAAAAAUGAGUGGCCCCUGGAUAAGAUGUGCCUGCAGUGCGACGUCACCAAGAAGAACCGUGAGGAUUUCAGCAGCCCUCCUCGUGAGGGAGCCUACGUUCAUGGCCUUUUCAUGGAAGGAGCCCGCUGGGACACUCAGACUGGGAUAAUAGCAGAUGCAAGACUGAAGGAGCUGACACCUGCCAUGCCAGUCAUUUUCAUCAAAGCAAUCCCAGUGGAUAAGCAAGAAACCCGCAGUGUGUAUCCCUGUCCAGUAUAUAAAACGUGCCAAAGAGGACCCACGUAUGUCUGGACCUUCAACCUGAAGACGAAGGACAAUCCAUCAAAAUGGGUGUUGGCAGGAGUCGCGCUGCUCUUACAGGUUUAAUACCGAAUGUGCCAAGGCGUUUGGACUGUAAAAGUGAACCAGCUGCUACUGAAGUGAGCAGCACGCCACAUAAAGUCUUCCAGAAGUGGAGUUGUGUUACUUUGUAAAUGCGAUUGGGACAACAAAAGGAUUUGCAACAUAUCACUGGAAUGAUUUUAAUGGGCCAAUUCAAGACAGUUUAAUACACAAGAAUUAUAAAUGUUUUAAUCAAGAAUUUGAAUGAGCAAAGCGCGGGCUGUUUCAGAUAUAAGUAAUAUAUUUAAAACAGGUAAGCACAGGUCUCCUGGGACUGAUUCAUGGCCUCUUCUGCACAUGCGUUCCUGGGUGACCUUCAGAAAAUACAUAUCUAGCUUUUUAUUUUAAUGAGCUUUAGUAUUUUGAGGCUGAUGUUUUUUUACACAUCCCACCAUAACAACUAAGGGGAAAAAGAAAAUAAAAAUGACAGUCUGACAGAUUUUUAUUUGAGUUUGGAGACCAAGGCUAUGCUGCAAACUCGUGAGUUCUGUUUCUAUCAGUCAAGGUUUCCAUUUUGUGCAAUGUGGUUGUUCAGCAAAUGAAUGACUUCUAACACCUGUGGGCAUAUGUUUAUUUAUUAUUAUUUAUGAUAAGUUUGUUGAAAGCAAGAGAGUCUGGUGUAGGAUUGUAACAAGUCGCUGGUUCUUCUGAAUCCCUCGCUAAUCCAACCUUUUAUGCGCACAGGAGUGUAGAUGGACGCAAGUGAUGCAUACCAUAAUGGACUUUAUCUCAUCAUUUUAUAUAUAAAUAAAUAAAAAUCAAAUAUUU